UGUGGUUGGUCAAGACUGCAGUGGUAGAAGCCACAACACAGUGGCUGUUUUGUGUUGUGGCAUUUUUAAUCUAAAGGACCAUUUACUACUCAUUUUCAGUAUGGAGACGUUUAUUCAUUUACUGCUGACUUUAUGCACACUGCAUCUGUCUGAGAUGUCAGUUGCAAACACAUCCAAGAGGCAAUGGCCAACUGCUGAUAACAGUUGGGCUCGGAUGAGGAUGGCCAGAGCCGUAAACAGACCAAAUCCCGUCAACUGUAGACUGGGGGUCUGGUCAUCUUGGACUCCUUGUGACUCCUGCACAGACAAAAAGGUCCGUUUCCGAUACAUGGAGAAGCCCUCACAGUUUGGCGGCACACAGUGCUUUGAGACACUGUGGGAGAAGCUGGCGUGUCCGACGGUAACAACCCAGUGUCUGGUGACAGAUUACUGUGGAGAGAGCUUCACCUGCAAAGAAACAGGGCGCUGCAUCAGUCAGUCCCUUCGCUGUAAUGGAGAGUCCGACUGUGAUGAUUUCUCUGACGAGGACGAGUGUGAAGAGUUCAACCUGAGAGAUGACAAGUGUUCCACCAUACUGACGAUCCCUGGUGCUGAACGCGGCACUCAGGGCUACAACAUCUUGACUGGAGAAUUUGUGGAUCAUGUACUUGACCCGAAGUACUUUGGAGGAAAGUGUGAAUACGUCUAUAAUGGUGAAUGGAGGAAAUUCCUCUAUGACGCGUUCUGUGAGAACCUUCACUACAAUGAAGACGAGAAGAACUACAGGAAACCGUACAACUACCAUACCUACCAGUUUGUGGCUCAAGCUUCGUCAGAGGGCACUCAGGAAUACUAUGAAGACAUGAUGAGCAUGCUGAAAGCCAGGAAAACUUCCAGUUCUUCCAAAGGCGGCGCCACAGUUGGGAUCUAUUAUGUGGAAGUGGGACUCAGUGGAAGUCGAGAAUCAGAGUUUCUCAGCAACAUAACACGAUAUAAUAGCCAGGAUGUAGGGUUCCUCAGGCUUUCGUCCAAAGUGCAAACAGCCCAAUUCAAAAUGAGAAGCAAUAAUUUGAUGCUUCAUGAAGAUUUCUACAUCUCACUCAUGGAGCUCCCGGAACAGUACGACUUUGGGAGGUACUCCCGCUUCUUCAGCACAUUCGGCACCCACUAUGUCACAGAGGGAACGAUGGGAGGAACCCUUGAAUACGUGGCGGUUGUCAACAAAACGGCUAUGUCAGAAUCAAAUCUUAAUGCUGAACAAACUGGUAAAUGUUUUGGUGCCACCAUUGGUUUGAGCUAUGCCAUCAGCAGCUCUCAAUCAGUAGACCUCAAAGUGGGUUGGAGACCUUGCAAGAAAGAAGGAGAGUUUAAUCAAGGCAGGGACUCUGACUCCGCUGUGAUUAAGGACAUUGUUACUCUAGUGAAGGGGGGCGUCACACACAGCAGCAGCGGCCUGUUGGCGAUCAGGAACCCUGACACCUACAGGCAAUGGGGAGCCUCCCUCAAAUACAACCCAACGCUCAUCGAAUACGAGACUAUGCCAAUUUAUGAGUUAGUGCGCCUCAGCACAGCUGCUGACCAUGUAGGUGCGAGACUGGCAAACUUGGAGAGGGGCUUCGACGAGUAUCUGCAGCAGUUCGACUCCUGUCGCUGCGCCCCCUGCCAGCACAACGGCAUCCCUGUCCUCACGGGUACCUCCUGUAACUGCAUCUGUAAGUCCGGCUACCAGGGAGAGGCCUGUGAAGAGACUCUCAGGAGAGACACCCUGAGAGAUGGGUCGUGGUCGUGCUGGGGGACCUGGUCAUCCUGUGCAUCGGGGAGGAAGACUCGGACAAGAACCUGUGAUAAUCCUGCACCUGAAGGGGGCGGAACAAUCUGCCUGGGUUCCUCCUCUCAGAACCAGCGAUGUUGAAGUUUUUUUUUAAUGAAUAAAAACUGCUCUUCCACUAUCCUCUGUCUGAGCUCUGAAAAAAAUAUAAUAAAAUGCAUGCAUUUAUCCGGACACACAAGAUGACACUGUAUACUAAAGGUAGCAAUAAAUGUGUGAUGCGCAGACUUUA